GAGAGAGAGAAAAAGAGGAGAAAAGCAGAGAUCUUUUUGGGGCUAUUGAUAUAGGUACAGAAAAUAAAUAAAUACCGAGUGGAAGGAGGAAGAGAGGAAGAAGAAGAAGAAGAAGAAGAAGAAGAAGAAGAAGGGCAGGCGAGUUUGUUCGUUCCCCUUUUUUUCCAUGUUAUCCUAAAUUUUCCUAACAUUGUCCUUUUUGUUUGUGAUCCCCAUGCCAUUCUCCUUUUGUCUCCUCCUCUGCCUUCAGAUCUACCAUAACCAUAACCAUAACCAUAACCAUACCCACCACCACUUCUUUUUCUUAGCUUAAUUUGGCAGAGUUUUGUUUUUGUUUCGUAAUGGGUACUGGGUGGAGAAAGGCGUUUUGUACUACAAUCCCUCGAGACUCCGAAUCCAAUAUCUCCGAGAAGCAGAGAGCGGCCUCCACCAAUCCCAAUCCGAGCCCCAGAAGCUGCGUUCGUUUGGGUUUCUUCAGCAACCCUUCAACUCCUCGAACGCAGUCACAGCCCACCACGGCCCCCGGCCUCCGCUGCCGAACCUCCCAAGACGCCGUCGAUCAUUCCAAAUCCCAACGCGGAAUUGUGGGCUCCAACCCUUCCUCUCCUCGCUCCCCUCUCAAACUCAACCUCUUCAAGAACAGCUUCAAAUUCAGAAGUAGCUGCGGAAUCUGUUUGAGUAGCGUGAAGACGGGGCACGGAACGGCCAUUUACACUGCCGAAUGUGCGCAUGCCUUUCAUUUUCCGUGCAUUGCCUCUCAUGUCAGAAACCACGCAACUCUGGUUUGCCCAGUCUGCAACACCACUUGGAAAGACGUUCCUCUCCUCGCCGCCCACAAAAAUCUCGGCCCUCAAACCAACC